AUGAUUCCCUUUAGGCCUCCACCUCCUCCAAAAGGGAAGGAGUCGCCAUCAUCUUCACCUAAUACCGCUAUUCCAUAUAUUUCAUAUAGAGAUCGCGCUUUGAGAUUUGUCAAUUCUGUUGUACAAGGAGACAACUUCAAACAACUCAAAGAAGAGCUGGCAAAAUUCAAAAAGAAACGAUUGGAAAAGCCGACGGAUCCGGAUAAAACUUUUAGUAGGAAACUUGAUGCAAACGUUAGAGAGUUGAGGAGCUCCAUUAGUAUAGCUUCAAGGGUUGUGAAUGACUUGACAGGAUAUACAAAGGUAAAUAGAUUGAAGGAGAUGAUUGCAGCUAAUGAAUACAAGAUGCGAGAAUUAAGAGAUCAUAUUUCUGCUGCGAAGGUGGCCUAUAAUAAUGCUAUAGAGCAGAGGUUACAGUCUCAAAAGGAGAUGAACGAGUUAUUAGAAAGGAAGAGUAGUUGGACUCCUACGGAUUUGGAGACUUUUACAAAGUUAUACAUGAAUGAACAUGCUUUAGAACAAGAAGUUCAGAAGAGAAGCACAGAGUUAAAUGAGUUAGAGAAGAAGGAUGAUGACACUCACGACCAACUCAUUAAAUCUAUCAUGGAUAGAUAUCAUGAGGAGCAAGUCUGGUCUGAUAAGAUACGGCAAUUUUCUACUUGGGGUACUGUGAUAAUUAUGGUGGGUAACUUGCUUUUGGUUCUUCUUGUUCAGCUUGUUUUUGAGCCUUUCAAACGGUUCCGGUUGGUUAAUUCGUUUGAGAAAAAGGUCAGAGAUCUUUUCGUCAAGAACGAGGAGAUGGCCACGGAGAUAAAUAGCAUUAGGAAAGACAUACGGACAUCACAGGAACAAUUACUGUUCAAGGUUGAUGAAACUGCUGGUAAGCACAUUACUGCCAGCCUCUUACCUUCCGAGUUUUCCUGGAACUCGUUUUCCAACUGGAUCGGUUUAGUGUUUGGAAAAGUCUUAAGUCCCGUCGGAUCAAUUGGUAUGGAUACCUUUACUGUUAGUAAAAGGGAUCUCCAAGGCUUCUUAUACCUAUUUUCGACUUUUAUGCUGGCUCUAGGUUGCCUGUUGGGUCACUUUAUUUAA